AACAAAAUAAUAAAACGUUAUCUGCGAGAAAACAAAAAAACAGAAGCCGGAAAACAAAAAACUGCUAUGCUCCGAUACGGCGGCGAACACCGAACCAGCGGCUAAUUAGCGGAGCAAGCUAUGUUAACUCGAACUCCAACUCACGCAGCAGCAACGACGUCGUUUGGUUCUUUCUCGAGAGUCAGUGAGUUAAUCCCAGUAGCUCGAAGAAGAAGAAGAUUAAGCUUGUGUAAUGGAGAUAUUAACGGAGGUCUCCAAAUUCGGUCGGCGAAAGCUUCUUCUACAGAGGGAAAUGGCGGCGACGGGAUUAAAGAGAGUCAAAGUAGAGCAACCGGAGGGUUCACCGGAAGCGCCAUGGAAGUUACCACAUUCAAUCGGAGCUUUAAUGAAACUGAGUUUCCUGUUUGGGAACAGAUUGGCGCUGUUGUUCGACUCAGCUACGGAAUAGGUAUUUAUGGAGCAAUGGGUUUAGCAGGAAGGUUUAUAUGUUCGAUAACAGGAAUCGACAGUUCGGGAGGUUUUGAUCCGAAUUUGGAUGCUGUUAUUCAAGGACUUGGAUAUGCUUCUCCACCAAUUAUGGCUCUUCUCUUUAUACUUGAUGAUGAGGUUGUGAAGUUAUCACCUCAUGCUAGAGCUAUUCGAGAUGUGGAAGAUGAGGAAUUACGGAGUUUCUUCUAUGGAAUGUCACCUUGGCAGUUUAUAUUGAUUGUUCUUGCAAGUUCUGUGGGCGAAGAGCUUUUUUAUCGGGCUGCAGUUCAGGGAGCAUUAUCUGAUAUAUUUGUGAGGGGCACUGACUUAGUCACAGAUGUUCGAGGAAUGGCUUCUCUGACUGGUAUUCUGCCUCCAUUUGUUCCGUUUGCUCAAGCAUUUGCAGCUGUAAUUACAGCUGCUCUAACAGGAUCGUUAUAUUAUGUGGCUGCCUCUCCAAAAGAUCCUGCGUAUGUUGUGGCACCAGUGUUACAAUCUCAAUCUGGCCGCGGUGAUCUGAAGAAGCUCUUUGCAGCAUGGUAUGAGAGAAGGCAAAUGAAGAAGAUCUACUCCCCUCUCCUAGAAGGGCUUUUAGCUCUCUAUCUUGGUUUCGAGUGGAUACAGACGGAUAACAUUCUUGCACCAAUGAUCACACAUGGAAUAUAUUCAGCUGUCGUAUUGGGACAUGGACUCUGGAAGAUUCAUGACCAUCGCAAACGACUACGCCAGAGAAUCCAACAGCUUAAAUAUGAGGAAAAGAAUUCAAAGAGGUUAUGAAGGAGCUACUCGUGAAGGAAUACAGAAGUAGUAUACUGCAUGAUGAGAUGACAUGAUUGUUCGUUUGUUGCAGGUAAUACAUACUGUUAUUUGCAUAAUGUAAUUUGUAGAAUCACAAUGUAUAUUAAUAGGCUACAGAAAUUGUUAUAGCAAAUAUAGAAUUUUAGGAGAAGGUAAGUUGAGCAGAAAACUUUUACAAGGAAAAAAAAACUAGUGCUUUGUAUAAAUAUCUAUCAAUGUAUUCUUUGAUUUGC